AUGAUCAAAUUUGCUAGGAUACUGUUCGAUGCGGGAGCGAACCUGGAGGGCAACGGGGUCGAGGGCGGCGGAAACGGUGGCGGUCUGUGGAACGAGGGCUUCGUCAAGUUCGGCCAAGAGGCGACCUUUACUCUCAACGUGGUCGAGGGCAGUGGCGGGGGAGGAGGCAUGUUCAACCAGGGGGGGCUCGUCCGGUUCGAGGGAAAUUCGACCUUAAACCAGAACGAAGCUUUCGACGGUUCCGCCUUCGUGAACUCCGCCGGGGGCAGGGUGGCCGUGCGGCAGGAGAUGUCCAUUACAGACAACGUCUCGCAGGAGGAAGCAAGCAGCGUAGCGGGAGCGGUCUGGAACCAGGCUGAUUCAGUUGUGUUCUGUACGGCAAUGAUGUCUUGGGAAGGAAACAGUGGCUACCAAGCUGGGGCCCUGUUGAACGCCGGCAGGAUGGUGUUCCGAGGGGAGGUCAGCGUUCGAGACAACACCGCUGUCAUGGAUGGCGGGGGCUUUAUCAAUGAGAGUGGAGGGAGGAUACUGUUCUUCCACGGCGCCGAGUUCCUGUCCAACGUCGGGACCGGCAGCGGAGGCGCGAUACUCAACCACGCCGAGCUGGACUUCGCGCCCGGGGGCGACGACAGCAGCAGCAGCAGAAGCACCGACGACGACAGUAGCGAUGAAAGCACGACCCGGACCUUCACCCUUGACUUCCAAGACAACUACUGCGGCGAGCAGGAGUGUCAAGACAUCCAGAACAAGGACGGGAGCUCAAUACUGGGGCUCCACCAGUACGUGCCCGACCUCUGCGACAUUGGGACGCAAGAUAUCGUGGCGACGUGACCCCAAGGAAGUAAGGGUUGCAAGGGAGGGAAACAGUUAGAGUCCGUGGUUCAUCGCAUCGAAUGGAAACGAAGCACGGAAAGAAACCCAUGGCGAAGAACUGAUUGGGGCGUGGGUUAUCAAACUUAUCUUACAAAAUACACGCAUGGUCCUCGUAUGUAUGUAUGUGCGUAUGCCCUGUUUGGGGGAGGGAAAAUGAUCCAGACAACCGAAAUUCAUUUGCUCACGCAGGCGCGGGUACAAGUGCGUGUACCAACCGGCUUGAGGUUUGCGGACUUGUGCGCGCUUGAGUGGGCGGGCGAGGCGGUAAUUUGGCCAAGGCCGUGUUGGAGAGAAUAGCGAAACAGGAGCGAAGUGACAACCUUUGGUGUGGGGCGUGUGGUGCGGGGAUGGCUGGGGUGUGAUGUGGUGAUGUCUGGUGCGUGGAGCGGUAGAAGGGGGAGGGCGGGGGUUGGGUUGCCACCCAAAAGAGAUACCUGAUAUAGUUGUCUACAAACUGUAUAUUCUUCGAGCGAAUACGAGGAAGUUGGGCGGCGGAGAGCGAGAGAGAGCGAGAGAGAGAGCGGGAGAGCGAGAGAGAGAGAGAGAGAGAGAGAGAGAGAGAGUACGGGCCCGUGGUCCUUGGAAAACGGUGCAUGGAGAUGUUUCUGCCUUUCAUAUUAUUGUUAUCGUUUUACUUUUUUUUCGAAUGUUUUUUCGCCGUGUAAGACUCUUUUGGGUCGUGUGGUGUCUGCUACACCCACCUCUUUCCUUGCUGUUAGAUCCUACAUGUUUGUCGCUUUUCCCUUUCGCGUUUGGGGACGAUAAUUUUUACAACACAGUAGGUAGCGGUAGUACAGUAGUAGAGAUUGUGCCCUUUGCCGGUGGCUGAUCCAAGCGACAGAGAGAGAACGGCGGCAAUGGUGUCUCAGGAAUGCCCCAUUUCUCUUCUUGUGUUGCUCUAGAAAACCUUGCUUUGUUUGUGUGUCAAUGGUGCUGUCGACCCCUCUUUUUACGGUAUGCUUUAAAGGGAACGAUUGUUUGUUGAUGUUGCGGCGGCAACGAUUUCGUUUGCCCGGCGGGGAUAUGUAUGUGCGGUGGGGUGUUGUGUUGUGGGUGACGUGUGCGCUCUCCCUCCUGUUCCUGUUGGUUUUCCCUUUUCUAGAUGCUGUUGAUAUGUGGUGAUACUCUUUCGGGAUUUGUGUACUGGUUGGUUGUCCAUACUCCUCUGUAUCAUAAGUCCUGUUGGCUAGGUUUGCGACCUCGAAGUUCACUGCCUGCCAUGGUUUCCGGACCUUUGAACAUGAUUAUUAUGUUCUUUCACGGAGAGUGUGCAGAACCCACGGAAACAUGCACGCCCACGCCCCGGCCGCGAGUUGGGAGAACACGAACUCUCAGGUGGACCAUUGAGCUUGCGCCGAGGUCUACUUUGAAAAAGAGAGAGGAAUGAGCAGAGUGGCGUGCGCGUGAAAAUAGGACCCAAGAACUCUGUAGCCAAUU